GCCGGUCUCGCUGUAGAGCCGGCCCGGUGGUGCCGGCCUGAGCAGCCGCUGCCCGGCAUGAAGGGCUGGGGUCUGGCUGCUGCCUCCUCCUCGCUCCAGAGCCAUGGAAUGCCUGCGGAGCUUCACCUGGCGUCUGCCCCGCGCCAUGGGACUUCCCCGGCGGACCCUGUGUGUCCUGGCUUUGGACCUGACCUCUGUUGCUCCUCCCGUAGCUGCCUGCGGCCGUGCAGCCCACCAGCUUGGAAGGAGCUGGGCCGUGCCGCCGUGCGGACUCCGCCGACUACGCAGAGCGGGUGAAAUGUACCGGUUUAGAACUUCUGAUGUUUCUCAAGCCACUUUAGCCAGUGUAGCCCCAAUAUUUACUGUGACAAAAUUUGACAAAAAGGGAAAUGUUACUUCUUUUGAAAGGAAGAAAACUGAGUUAUACCAAGAGUUAGGUCUUCAAGCCAGAGAUUUGAGAUUUCAGCAUGUAAUGAGUAUCACAACCAGAAACAAUAGGAUUAUCAUGAGAAUGGAGGUAAAAAAACAUUCUUUAUUCUUAUUGUCAGUAGCUAGCGUCCUUCAAAACCGUAUCUCUGAUAGAUAUUACCGUAAUUUAAAUUUAGAGCAAUGGCUGUUCCGGGAACUCCCUUCACAGUUGUCUGGAGAGGGUCAACUAGUUACGUACCCUUUACCUUUUGAGUUCAGAGCUAUAGAAGCACUCCUGCAGUAUUGGAUCAACACCCUUCAGGGGAAACUUAACACUUUGCAGCCACUGAUCCUUGAGACUUUGGAAGCUUUAGUGGAUCCCAAACAUUCUUCUGUAGACAGAAGCAAACUGCACAUCUUACUACAAAAUGGCAAAAGUCUAUCAGAGUUAGAAACAGAUAUUAAAAUUUUCAAAGAGUCGAUUUUGGAGAUCUUGGAUGAGGAGGAGUUGCUAGAAGAACUCUGUCUGUCAAAAUGGAGUGACCCACAAGUCUUUGAAAAGAGUAGUACUGGGAUUGACCAUGCAGAAGAAAUGGAGUUGCUAUUGGAAAACUACUACCGACUGGCUGAUGAUCUUUCCAAUGCAACCCGGGAACUUAGGGUGCUGAUUGAUGAUUCACAAAGCAUUAUUUUCAUCAAUCUGGACAGCCACCGUAACGUGAUGAUGAGGUUGAACCUGCAGCUGACAAUGGGAACCUUCUCUCUUUCGCUCUUUGGAUUAAUGGGAGUUGCUUUUGGAAUGAACUUGGAAUCUUCCCUUGAAGAGGACCAUAGAAUGUUUUGGCUGAUUACAGGAAUUAUGUUUAUGGGAAGUGGCCUCAUCUGGAGGCGCUUGCUCUCAUUCCUAGGACGACAACUAGAAGCUCCAUUGACUCCUAUGGUGACCUCUGUACCUAAAAAGACCCUUCUGACAGAUAGAAGCAUGGAUCUGAGAAACAGUCUCAGACCAGAUGGAUUUGGAUCAAGCAGGAGUAUACUAACAAGUCGUUAGGAGCAACCCGGUGGAUACUGAAUAUUUUUUAUGGUAGUCACAGAAAACUUCGGAUAUAUUCUUUUAUUAUAUUCUUUUAUGGAGUUGGACACUUGAAAAAAAACCACUGAUAUUUAAAUUAAAACAUCUGAUGACAAAAAUAUGAUGCAGUCACAAUACUAGAACUUAAUUGUAUUUCCAGAAUUCUGAGUUAAAGAAGCAAAGUACUUGCUUUGUAAAAGGCCAAAAUUCUGUUUUCUACAAACUUUAAAUGAUGUUUUUAUAGAUGUGAUGUGAGGCAACACAAGAACAGACUACAACAUUGUAUAGAUUUUAUUAAAUUUAUACGUAUCAAGAAAAGUGCAAUUUCAUGCUGAAUGAAGCCUAGGAACUUGACAGACCCAUCAGUAGCCAAUAGUUCUUUGUCAGUACAGGGGAUCCUGUUCAUGUGAAUUUUCUGAUUCUCAGGUGACUGAAGAGCUAGCAUUGUGUGCAUUAACCUUAAAACAAACUCUGGAAGUUUGUGCUUUAAAAACCAAUCCUCGAUAUAACCUUAUCUUCUUGUGUUUGUCUCCCUUUUUUAAUAUAGUGUGAAUAAAAAGAAAUGAUAGUUUAAUAUUAGCAUUAUAUGGAUUCUAGUUAAUCAAGAUUUCACUUUCUUGACCCCUGAAACUAUUUUUCUUUGCUUGGAAGUAAAGUUGAAAGGAAGUGUUUCCAUUCUGUUACUGUUUUAUAGCUGCUUUGUUCAUUUUCUGAUUUUUAUACCAUACCCCUCAAAAGGGAAAAUGUUUAUUGCCCACCCAAACUAUGUCUACACCUCAAAAAUAGACAGAUGGACUUCCUAAAACAAGAGGGUAGAUAAAUAUUAGACUUGUGAUAACUUUUUGUUUUCCUAGUCAGAGAUUUGGGUUAAAACAAAUGGUUAAUAUUUGUGAAUGUGAAAACAGCUAUCCUGCUUAAUAUCUUACCUACCUUUUUUAAAAAUAUAUUUUCUGGAGUACAGUUAUUCACUAGAAAAUUAUAGUUAAACUUGUCUCCCAAAAUAGCAUACAAGGUAGAUGCUAGAGUGUCCAGAGCUGCUCUUGCAGUAAUAAAAGAAUAAAUAUGCCUACUCAGA